AUGGAUAUCGUUCUUCAAGUUGCAGAUACUCUCUUGCUUGAUCGUAUCUACGCGGCUCUGCUUCCGAUCAGCCCAUCCUCAUUUCCCGAGCCGAAAGUUAACGAGUCGAAUUCCCUGCCUUUUGGCUCUCAAGAGGCUGCUUCGCUGUUGCCGCAGUUCAAAUACACUUACGAGCCGGCGUCCAAAUACCUUCAUUUGGACCCAACCGAGUGGGCCUACAAAAGCUCAUGGCCUCGGGAUACCGUAUACAGACAGUUCGUUAGCCUGUUCAUGAUAACGUGGCUAUUUGGGUCUGUCCUCUAUUUCGGUUUCGCCACGCUCUCCUAUUUCUUUGUCUUCGACAAGGAGACGAUGAAGCAUCCGAAAUUCCUCAACAAUCAAGUGCGCAAGGAGAUUGCCCAAGCGUGCCAGGCUAUGCCUGGUAUGGCUUUCCUAACUGCGCUAUGCAUGCUGGCGGAAGUGCGUGGCUAUUCUAAACUCUUCGACCAGCCUUCCGAAGCCCCAUUUCCUUGGUACAACUUUCUCCAAUUCCCUCUCUUUAUCCUCUUUACCGAUUGUGGUAUAUACUGGAUACAUCGGGGCUUGCACCACCCUCUAGUGUACAAGACCUUACACAAACCACACCACAGAUGGAUUAUGCCAACUCCAUUUGCGUCAUAUGCAUUUCACCCCGUCGACGGCUUCUGUCAGUCUAUACCAUACCACCUCUUUACCUUUGUUUUACCCCUCCAAAAGGUUGCCUUUAUUGCACUCUUCACCUUCAUUAACUUUUGGACGAUUCUGAUUCACGAUGGUGAAUUUUACGCCAACAACCCUGUAAUCAACGGCGCAGCGUGCCACAGUGCUCACCAUGCAUACUUCAACUACAAUUACGGUCAGUUCACCACACUGUGGGAUCGACUUGGCGGUAGCUAUAGGAGGCCCAACAUGGACUUGUUCCACAAGGAGACGAAGAUGGGGAAGCGAGAGUUAGAUCGCCAGACCGAGGAGACGGAGGAAAUUCUCAAAGAGGUCGAGGGUCAAGAUGACCGUGACUAUCUCGUUGAAGAGACAGAAGAGAGCAAACCACGAUGGAGGCGAACUGGACGAAGCGGGCGUUAG